AUGACGAGUAGGCCUCAGAGAGGUGGAUAUCGAGAAGGCUCCCUGAUGUCUAGUAAUGCAUAUAGACCUAGUGAGUGUAACAGGUUUCGUAGUACAUCCUCAACAGAUAAGUUACAAGAUGCAAGACAAACACGGCUUUGUUCUACACGUGUGCAAGAGGUGCAUACAGAAGUGAACUGUGAACCAGUGAGCAAGUUCAGUGAUAAGCUAAAUGUAAACUCCAGGCCUUACUCCGAAUUGUGUGACGAUAACGGUGUUGUGAAAAAUUCUGUAGUUGCAACUGGUAAGCCGUUGUUGAAUAAAGUGUCACAGAAUAGAGUUACUGCUUCAGAGUGGAGUUCUGACUCCAAAAGUUUACAAGGUAUUACUAGUCAGAGUGAAUUUAUAAAACCUUUAAUGAUUUGUGAGGAGGAACCAAAAUUGUCUACUUCUGUUAUUAAAGAGUUUGAAAAUGAUGAAAUUGACGGUAAAUUGAAUAUUUGUGGUAAUGAUCAUGAUAGUGCAGAUUUGUCUUUGGUUGAUCAUGAUGAGAUGAGGGAUAUGCCUACUACUGCUAAGUUAAAUAAAGGUUCUGUACAACUACAACGUGAAGUAGAAUUGAACGCAGAUGCAGUUCCAGAAGAUGUGCAUACUUGUGAGACAGUCAG